AUGGCUGGUUAUGAAGGCAGUGGAAGUCCCACCCCAAGUGAGCAAGAAGACAAUGACGAUAAAGACGAAGACAACAUCACGGAACAUGAAGAAGAGGCGCAAGAGGACGAUGAUACUCAAGCGGAUGAAACGAUGAAUGACGGUGAACCGAACGAGAGUUCCGCACAAGACAACUAUACGAACCCUGGGAAUGAAGCAGAUGGUGCACAAGGCUUACCAGAGAGUGAAGAUGCUGAAAUGGCACAACCAACACACGUUGGAUCAGAUUCUGACAUCAUGGCGCACGACCCAGAUGCUGGUCUUGAUUUAGAAGAAGAGUUAGGUGGUAUGAUUAUUGCAGUACUCGAUUAUGACAAUGGACAGAUGGAGUUGUUGGUGAUAUCUAUUGAUUCACCUCCAACAACCCCAGAACUGUAA